CCGGAGCACUGUACUACAACAUAGGCAGUCAGAGUAUCAGAGUCAGGCUCACGGCACACGGCCAGCCUGUGAGGGCACUUCUUCUGGAGGAGCCCAGGGGAGGGGCCCUGCUCUGGACGGGACCAUGGAGCUGCACUGUCUGCCUGUCCAGACCCCCACAGGCAGCUCCUGCUCCACAGACCCUAUCUACGACAACUGCCUGCCCCAUGCCCAGAGCCGGAGCACCAGGGACGCCCAUAUGGAGCACAGGGCUCAGCAGCCCACUGUCCCGGGCCCCUGUGGCCCUCGGCCUGGGCUGGUCCCGGCGGUGGCUCUGGGUCCCACUGUGACUGGGGCCCGAGGGCCUGGCCUGUGGCCAGACCACAGUUACUGUAGCUGGAGAGGAGCUUUGGGCCUUCCAGGAUAUGGAGGAGAACUGGGGGAUAGAGGAGGAGACAGUGACCAGGGAAUCCUCUGGAGAGCACAGGACAGAGCUCCACUGAAACGCAGCCCCAGCCCAUCACAAAGCACCGAACAUAGGAGCGCUCUGUCUUUCUAUGACAACAUCCCUGAGGCCAUUACCCCUAAUAACCUGCCAGUUUUCUCCAUGGAAACACAGGAGCACAUGUACCAGGCCUGGGCCCCACAGCAGGUUCAAGGGCCCCCCGAGCCUGAAGAAGAGAGCCUGGAACGGAGCCCCUGGUCGUCCUGUGAGAUCGUCCUGCCAGAGUCCAAAGAUCUGGAGCUUAUCUCGGAGCAGGAAGCGGAGGUGUGUUCCCAGGUGUGUCAGACUGAGCCCUGGCCUUCAGAGGCACCUGUGCGGAUUCCCCCUCCUGUCCCUGUGGCAGACCCUUCAGCCAGUGCCCUACGCAGCGUGCUCACCAGCCUGCAGCAGCAGAUCACCCGACAGAGAGACGAGUAUGAGGAGCGCAUUACUAGCCUGGAGCAGAGGAACGAGGAGCUGCAGGUGGAGGUGAUUCGUCUGAAAACAAACCUGGCCCAACAGCGUCACUGGUACCAGAUUGUUCAGGCCAAAAUCAUAGAGUCAGAGAAAGCGCGCACUGCCGCAGAACAACGCAACGCAGCUCUGCAGAGGGAGAUGGAGCAGUUCUUUGACACUUUUGGAGAGCUCAACAAAGAGGCCAAGAAGACAGAGAAUAUUGCCAAGAGCUUUUGAUAAGGAUUUACUUUCUAAUGACAUAAACUUUGCGUAUUCAUUCAUUCACAUCUGUGUUAAUGCUUUAAGUCAGCAACUGUCUCAUGCCAACUGUAUGGUUGAGACAAGAGACUGAACGAUGACCAUUUCAAUUGCACUCUGUUGCACUUUGAAAACACCUGAAAAUUAAAGGUCCUAUAUUAC